UACAGAGUUACUUCCCCUGGAUCUAUUCAUGGCAACAUCAAAACAAUUAAUUUUUUGAAUCAUUGUAAAUAUUUAUAAUAUGUCUUCAGGUUGAAAAAACAGAUAUUUUCCAAAUCUUUUAAGUUAUGGAUAAAAUAAAAAGGAGAGUUACCAAUGUGAAAGACAAGAUUCAUUUAAGUCCAAAACAUAAAAGGACAAAAGACGGAUUUAUGAAACCUAAGGCAAAGCAACCUGUUAAAAAUGUGGAAGGGAAAGCCAUAACACGUUUUGACAGAGUUUACAGAAAUCUUGGACACCUAUUAAUUCCAGAGUCAAAACGGAUUGAUAUUGUAUUGGUUCAUCCAAAUUCAAAAGCUGAUGAUGGUUCUUUGAGUUCAAAGGAAAAGAGAAAAAUACAAGUUAGAGACAAGCUCAGAGAAAUAUUUGAAAAUAGGUUGAGAAAUGAAGGAUUUGUUGUGGAAGAAUCUGUGCUUAAGGACAAAGUUUACAAGAAAAUCCAUUGUCCUUUUAAAAGACUAUGUAUUGAAGCUGAAACAACAAAUUUAGAAAUGCCAUUACUAGGGCUUGUAAAUCCGGAGGACAAACCAACCAACUCUUGUGCAAAAUUUAUUUACGACAAGUUUGUAACAGACAAAGAUACUGUGGACUAUAUAUCGGCCAGAUUUAUGGUAGAGAGAAUACAUCUAUUUGACAACCACCAUGAUCCAUCUAAGUUCUUCAGACCAGCUGUCAGAACAUUACUGGUUGAUCAUAUCCUUAUCAAUAUGAAUAUUAGAGAAGAUGUCCAGAAAGACGACAUUAUGUUAUUGGAUGAUGAUGUUGAUGAGGAUGAUUGGAAGACAAGGACCAAAAAGAAAACAGAUACAAUAAAAUUAGCAAUAGACAAAGAGCUUCAAAAAUUAAAUUUCCCUUACAUGAAGAAAAUUGGUGUUUACACAGACAAAUUGAUUUUACACGAGGCCUCGGAAGCCAGCAAAAUUUACGAAGAACAGCGUGAUGGUGCUACAAAUGAUGAAACGGAAGAUGUUCAGGAAGAAAAAGCACCAUUACCUCCAGCCAUGGAUUUUGACGAAGAUCCAAGAAAAGUUCUAAAUGAUGAAUGGACAAAACUUUUCAAAUUUCAGCCAUUGACAAAAAUUCGUAAUUAUUUUGGAGAAAAAAUAGCCUUUUAUUUUGCCUGGUCUGGCUUGUUGACGACAUCAUUAUGGGUUCCUAUGCUUUUAGGUCUGGCCAUCUUUAUAUAUGGGAUAGUUAACAGUGCCAGUAGUUCAACAGAUAGUUCAAGCACGGCAGGCAACAAUAAUGGAUCAACAAAUUUACGAGCUGAGGUGACAGAGAUCUUGACAGUUAUCAAAGAAGCAUGUGACAAUGCGGCCACACCAUACUAUGCUUUAAUAAUCUGUGUCUGGGGUACAUUAUUUUUGGAAUUGUGGAAAAGGAAAACUGCUACAUUAGCUUAUGAAUGGGAUGUUGAUGAAUUUGAAGCCACAGAACCAGACAGACCAGAAUUUUAUGGAACAAAAGCAAGAGAAGAUCCAGUGACCGGGGAGGAAGACUGGUAUUAUCCAAUGAAAGAACAGCUAAAAAAGUUCCUGCUGUCAGGGUUGACAUUAAUCUUCAUGUUAUGUGUUGUUUUGGCUAGUGUGCUUGGAGUCAUUGUUUACAGAGUGUUCGCUAGUGUUGACUACUGUCCCAACAUGUCUGCCCAAGCCUGUGUGAUGGUAACAACCGUUGUUUCAUCUUUGCUGAAUACAAUAUCAAUUUUGAUACUGAGCAAGCUGUAUGACUGGCUGGCGAGAAAGCUAACAGACUGGGAAAAUCACAGAACACAGACAUCUUAUGAUGACGCCUUGAUUGUGAAGCUGUUUGCCUUCCAGUUUGCUAACAACUACGCUUCAUGUUUUUACAUAGCCUUUGUCAGAGGGAGAUUUGGUGAGGAUGGUAUCUUUGGUUUAGGACCAAAAUACGUAGAUAAUUGUGAACCCAAUGGGAACUGUAUGUCAGAACUUUCCUUCCAGAUUCUUAUUCUAAUCAUUUGCAAACCAUUGCCUAAAUUCUUCACUGAUGUUGUUUUGCCGUGGCUUCAGCGUUUAUGGAGAAAGCGUCCUCAGUGGUGCUGUAAAAGAAAAGUGGAAGGAGUUCAAGACAAAUUGACUUUUGUCCAGAAAGAGGCUCUCAAACCUUCACUUGGUGAUUUUACUAUGGGAGAAUACACAGAGAAAAUCAUUCAAUAUGGAUUCCUUAUGUUGUUUGCAGCCUCACUGCCAAUAGCACCACUGAUUGCCCUUUUCACAAAUCUUAUUGACAUAAGGGUGGAUGCCAAGAGAAUGCUUUGGUGGUACAGAAGACCAUUAGCCAAGAUAGCACAAGACAUUGGUACAUGGUAUAUAAUUCUACAGUUUGUAAACAUUUGUGGAGUGAUAUCCAAUGGUUUCCUGAUUGGGUUUACCUCCUCAUGGGGAAGACAAUAUGAUGUUUAUACAAGACUGUGGAUAGUUGUAGGAUUUGAGCAUAUAGUGUUUGCCCUGAAAUUCAUACUUGCCUACCUCAUACCAGAUGUGCCUGGUGUUGUUCAGUUAGCAUCAAGAAAGAAUAUGCAUUGCAUGUCGAUUGUAAUGAGAAAAGACAGAGAUAAAUUAGAGCAAGAAUUAUCUGAGUUGAUAAGAAAUCCACCACAUCAACCACCAGACAGUCCAUUUAAGGAACUACCAACAGUUUACAGGGAGCCAGAGAAUGAUGAUGAAUGGCAGCCUGUUGAUGAAGAACAAGUUCAUGGAUCAUCACCCAAACAGAAGAGAAGACAUAGAGUGGAUGAAGAAAAUACCUAUGAGGAAGUAGAUCAUAGUCCCACACGGAAGUUAAAGAAGAAGAAAAAGAAAAAGAAGCAUCAUCAUCAACAGGAAGAUAGAGAGGAUGAUGACAUUGAACCUCCACCCUACAGUGAAGAGCCAUCCUACCGUUCAGACCCUCAGUACUACACAACUAGAGAUCAAGAUAGACCAAUAUUUUUUAAAGUGAAAGGACCUCAGGGCCAAGUCUUAACAGAGCUUCCUAUAUCAGAGAGAACCGGACCUUCUUCCAAACGUUCCACUGUUUCUUCUUCUCAUAUCACUGUCAAAGGACCGAGAGGAGAAUUCAUAAAAGAGCUUCCUAUGUCUGCUGAUAGAAGAUAUAGAUUAAAACAUUCAGAUGAUUCCAUGGCUUAAGUUGUACCAAUGUCAACAGUUGUUUUCUAUGGGUGCUAAUUUAAAUGCAUUUUUAUACGAUAUUAUAAUACAUUACAUUAUUUUAUGUUGAGUUAAUUUAAAAAAAAUAUUUAAAAUUUACUGAAUGCCUUAAAUAUCAGCCGCAUUACAGAAACACAAAUUUUUUAAACAUGGAGGUAUCUUUAAUUUUGAAAUUAAAUUUUUGAUAAAUUUUUUAUAAACCUCUUUUUUUUCAGAAAGAAAAUAAGGGUUUUUUUCCGAUACCUGAUAUCCAAUUUAAUAGUCUUUGAAAAAUCUCUCAUGACUUGAAUUCUUAAAUUAUAUACCAUAUCUCUGUAUUCAUAAUAUCUUCAAUAGUAUGUAUUUUACUUCAAUCAUCUCUUACAUUUUAAAUACCCCGCUGAUAUAAACAGGUGGUUAUUUUACUGUAGGACCGUCCCUUCAUGCUUUGUACAUAAAGUCUAAUUUAUAUUUUGAUUGACUUUUUAUGGAAUUUUAAAACAAUAAAAAAAGACCUUAUGGAAGACAGCAAAAAAAGAGGAAUUAUUUUGUUUCUGUCUUUCUAGAGUUAAGGCAGUUUUAUUUUAAUUUUAAUGAAGAUGAUGGCCAGUUUUUUUUUUAUCAGGGUCAACAUAGAAUUGUUUUAAUUUCUCUUUAAUAUACCUAAAUUUGUUAAUUUUGAUAUAUUAUAUUACUUGUCUUGAUUAUAUGUAGAGUACUUUAGAUGAAUCAAUUACUUUUAGUGAUACAUUUGUAGCCAGCGGAUGCAAUUUUAAUCAGAUUUAAAGAGAAACUUAAACAAUGAUAUGUUUCAUGGAUGAAGUUGCUUGUAAAGGUUUUAUUUUUUUUAUAUUAUUUAGUAUUUAUAUCUUCUUUAAAUUAUAUUUAUAUUUAAGUUUUUCAGUAUCGUGGCACAACAGGGUUUUAAUUUGUAUGUUCCCUGAAUUUUAUACAGAAGAAACAAAUUGACUAACUUGCUAAUGAACGAUCAAACAGUCUUAACUUAUCUUUUUACAGAUUGAAAUGGAAAUGAAAUUUUUUUUCUACAUUUUUGUAAAAAAAAAAAUUAUCUGUAUCAAUACCUGCAUGGUCCAGUAAUUAACAUGUAAAAAAGUGAAGGUAACAAAUUU